UUAAUAUAAAAACCCUACCUUUUUUUCUUUCACUUUUUCGGACUGAAACGCCUCGCAAAUAUUCAGACGCACAGAAAUGGUGACCUUCAAAUUCCAUCAAUACCAGGUUGUAGGGAGAGCUCUACCGUCAGAAAACGAUGUGCACCCAAAGAUUUACCGUAUGAAACUUUGGGCUACAAAUGAGGUCCGUGCUAAGUCCAAGUUCUGGUACUUCUUGAGGAAGCUAAAGAAGGUGAAGAAGAGCAAUGGUCAGAUGCUAGCUAUUAAUGAGAUUUUUGAGAAGUACCCAACAAAAAUCAAGAAUUAUGGUAUUUGGCUGCGUUACCAAAGUAGGACAGGGUAUCACAACAUGUACAAGGAGUACCGUGAUACCACAUUGAAUGGUGGUGUGGAACAGAUGUACACUGAGAUGGCUUCUCGGCACAGGGUCCGCCAUCACUGCAUCCAGAUCAUCAAGACAGCCACUAUUCCUGCUAAGCUCUGCAAGCGGGAGAGCACAAAGCAGUUCCAUGACUCCAAAAUCAAGUUCCCAUUGGUGUUGAAGAAAGUCAGGCCACCUACCAGGAAACUCAAGACGACCUACAAGGCCACCAAACCUAACUUGUUUAUGUAAAACGUGUUUUGAUCAUUUAGUGGAUUGAAUUGUUAUUUCAAAUUACUUCAAUUUUGGUGCUCUUGACUAGUGGAUUUCAACAUUCACUAGGAACGGGAAGAAAAAGACAUUUUUGUUGUGAUCAAUUGAUUAUCUUUCGCCCUCUUUAUAGAACUAGAUUAUCAGACUAUUAUGUUCCAUUUUGAGUUUGGUAUUUUGUUUGCUCUAAUGACAGUUGAAAUCUUAGUAAUAUAUUUCUCGACUUUUGGUUUACAUAA